AAACCCAGCCUAAUAACUGCCACUGCCAAGGGUCAAGGCAAGCUCUCUUCCCAGGAUUCUCCCAGAUCAGACAUUGCCUGUGUGUAAAAGAAGUUAAUAAGGACUGGGAAAAUUAUUUUCUACUGGGAGCAUCAAAAUAAUUUCCAAGUACAGAAUUAGAACCUUUUGCAGAAUAUUACCAUGGUGAAGAACAUUGACGACUUCGAUUUUUGCCUUCCAUCCCAUUCUCAAUCUAUUCUGGAAGGACUACAGACCCUACGUUCCAACCCCAAACUCUCGGAUGUCACUUUGAUUGUUGGGGAACAUGAAUUCCCUUGCCACCGCAGUAUCCUGGCCCUCUGUAGUCAGUACUUCAAUGCUAUGUUUGCUGGUGACUUUAUGGAAAGCUUUUCAGCGCGUGUAGAGAUCAAAGAAGUAGAUCCUAUCACUAUGGAGUCUUUGCUUAAUUUUGCUUACACAGGAAAAGUGACCAUCAAUCAGGGGAACGUGGAAGCCUUGAUUAGGACAUCCAGCCAACUCCACUUCCCCAUCAUCCAGAAAGUUUGCAGUCGGUACUUGAGACAGCAGAUGGAUGCAACCAACUGUUUAGGCAUUUGUGAGUUUGGAGAAAUGCAUGGCUGUUCGGAGAUUUCAUCUGAGGCAUGGUCAUUUUUGCAAGAAAAUUUUGAACUUGUAUCUCAACAGGAAGAGUUUCUUCAACUAUCGAAAGAGAGGCUAAUUAUUUAUCUGUCGAACCACCUACUGCAAGUACAAAAAGAACAGAGCCUAGUUGAAGCUGUGUUCAGGUGGAUCAAGUAUGAAAAGUUGGCCAGAGUGGUGCACCUUCCAGAGCUUCUUGACCUAGUGCAUUUGGUUUCAUUACCGGAUCAGUAUCUGCAAAACAUGUUGUCAUCUGAACCACUGAUUCUGGAAUCAGAAGCUAGCAAGGCUAUCAUUGCUAGACAUCGGAGCACGGCAGAGAACAAGCCCUUUGUCCAGCAGAGACUGAAGGCCCUGCCACAGAAGUUAGAAGAGGUGCUGGUGGUUGUGGGAGGCAGAGCUUUGGAAGAAAAUGAUGAAGAUGAAGAGCCACCACACUUCUCCAGAAAUUUUGCUUUUUAUAAUACUAACACUAAAACAUGGAUUGCUUUGCCUGAUUUUCCAGAUUAUAAUAAAUGGGGCUUUUCUAUGAUUGCUCUAAACAACAACAUUUACAUUACAGGUGGCUCCAGAGGAUCUCAGAAUGACACAUGGUCUACAACACAGUCCUGGUGCUUCUGCCUUAAGAAGGGUGUCUGGAAGUCCAUUGCUCCAAUGUUGAAGCCCCGAACAAAUCAUGCCAGUGCUGUUCUCAAUGGAGAGAUCUAUGCCAUUGGUGGAACCACUAUGGACAUUGUGGAAGUAGAAUGCUAUGAUCCUUACAAUGACAGCUGGUGCUUUGUCAGUCCUGCCUUGAAGUAUGUCAGUAAUUUUGCUGUAGCUGGAUGUCUUGGGAAGUUGUACCUCAUUGGUUCUUGUGCUAUCAAAUACAAUACAUUGACCCUUCAAUGUUACAACCCUGCUAUUGAUGUCUGGAGUAUAAUUGCAUCUCCCUUUCUCCCCAAGUACCUCUCUUCUCCUUGUUGUGCCUCCUUGCAUGGAGUCAUUUACCUUAUUGGUGAUAAUACAAAGAAAGUCUAUGUGUAUGAUCCGGAUGCUAACAUCUGGCAAAAGGUGCAACAGCUUCAUACUUUGCAUGAAAAUGGUGGAAUGGUACCACUUGGUGGUAAGCUCUUUGUCACAGGUGGCUACUGGAAAGGUAUGGAUGGUGACUAUCAAGUAGAGAUGGAAAUGUAUGAAUGUGCCAAGGAUGUUUGGACAAGGGAAGGGUCACUUCCCUGUUUAUGGCUCUACCAUGCAUCUUCUUCUAUCUUCAUGGAUACUUCAAAGUGGAGAGAACCUUUCCAGUCAUGAGUCUAUGGAGAUUCUCAGUCAUCCAGGUCAUGGUUGUCCCAAAGGUGCUUUUUCAGGAGGCAACUGGACUUUGUUGUUUUUUUCCUUUUGAAGAAGAGCCUUGGUGGCGCAGCAGACUAAAGUGCUGUUAAGUAACACCAGCUGCCUGCAAUUACUGCAAGUUCAAAUCUCACCAGGCUCAAGGUUGACUCAGCCUUCCAUCCUUUUGAGGUAGGUAAAAUGAGGACCCGGAUUAUGGGGGCAAUAAGCUGACUUUGUAUAAAAAAGAACAAUGCUGAGGGGCCCCCGAAAUCCCUACUAAGCAGGUAUAUACAAAGGUAUGAAGGCUACUGCUUAAUGCAUUGUAAGCCGCCCUGAGUCUCCAGAGAAGGGCGGCAUAUAAAUUGAACCAAUAAACAAUAAAUAAAUAAGUUUUACUUCUCAUCCAAGAAGCUUCCUCAGUUCUGAUUGGAUAAUGGGGAAUGGAAGGAUUUGUAUUCCUUGCAGACAGCUGCUCAUUUGCAUUCUUUUAGAGAGUUGUUGAGGCCACUUAUCCUGAGUAGUGCAAAUAUCCAGUCAUGAUCACAAAGUUUGGUAUGGGGUCUCACAGCUCUGUUGCUCUGACUGAAGCUUUGGAGAGAUUAGGUGUUCUGCAUCUCACACGGUAGACUGUAAUUUAUGAAUUCAGAUUUCAUAUUUAUUUAUUAAGAGCUAGGUUGGUGUAGAGGUUAAGGUAUCAGCUAGAAACUGGGAGACUGUGAAUUCUAGUCCUGCCUUAGCCACAAAGCCAGCUGGGUGACCUUGGUCCAGCUACAUUUUCUUAUCCAUAAGAAGAAGGCAAUGGAAAACCUUGCCAAGAAAACUUAAAGGACUUGUCCAGAAGUCUUUGAGAAUAAAAAAACAAUGUAAUGGAAGAAAAAAAAAUAUUGAUAGUACUCAACAUCUUAAUUUUUGUAAUGUUUCUGUGAUUUUUUUUUACUAGGCAUAAACAUGUUUCUGAGAAGUGAUAGCAUAGUAUAUAAAUCACGAGCUUAUUUUUGCCACAGCUGGAUUAUUUUUACAAUUAGAUACCACCUUUACUAACAAUUGUGAGGAAAAUAUUCUGAUAGUCUAUUGAUCAUGAUAAAGAACAAUAGGCAGACUGAUUAUUCAAUUUUGUAAGAUUAUUGUGCAAUUUGAAUGGUAACUUUAAAAAUGUAUUUCUGUUCUUCCAGCUUGGAAAAUAAUCUAGACAGUUUUAAUAUAUAUAAUCCAUUAAUAAUGGUUGAUUAAUAUUAAUAGUCCAUUAAUAAUGUAUCUAAAUAGUUCUCUGUAAUUUCUUAUAUCAUUGUGAACUUCUAAAGAGUCUCAGAAUUCUUUUAAAUAUAAAUAAAAAAUGAACCCAAACUCAA